CUUAAAAAGGCUCUGCCAGGUUUUCAGCAUUUUUAGUUUGAGUUCCACACAAGGCACAGUUUUUGCUUGGCCAUCAGGGAAGGCACAGGGAAGGCACAGGGAAGGUACAGGGAAGGCACAGGGAAGACACAGGAAAGGCACAGGGAAGACACAGGGAAGGCACAGGGAAGGCACAGGGAAGGCACAGGGAAGACACAGGGAAGACACAGGGAAGGUACACAGACAGAGAGAGAUAGGAAAAUAGGGAUAAAAGAGCUUAAAUUGGUAGAUUUCUUUGCCACAAGCACAGGGCCCUUAAAGAUCUGGUAGCUGUCUUGACUUCCAUGAUGUCAACAACAAGAGGACGCGCAGAACGGCAGGGUGGUAACACCAGUCUGAAUAUGAACCACUAUGCCACUAAGAAGACGGUGGCAGGGAGCAUGUUAGACGUGGCCCUGCUGAUGGCCAACGCUGCCCAGCUGAAGGCCGUCCUGGAGCAGGGGCCAGACUUCAGGUACUACGUCACUGUCCUGGUCCUCAUCGGGUCGUCGCUGCUCUUCCAGGUGCUGGCUGGGGUGCUGUUUGUCGCCAUGGCACGUAAGGACCUGAACAACGUGGCCAACCAGAGGAAGCUGGACAUCAUGAACAACGUGGCCACCGGCCUCGUCUUCAUCACCGCCAUCAUCAACAUCUUCAUCACCGCAUUUGGAGUGCAGAAGACUGGCCUGUACCCCAAAACCUAGGCUGAAGACUGGCCUGUACCCCAAAACCUAGACAGUAGACUGACCUGUACCCCACAACCUAGACAGAAGACUGACCUGUACCCCAAAACCUAGACAGUAGACUGGCCUGUACCCCAAAACCUAGACAGUAGACUGGCCUGUACCCCAAAACCUAGACAGUAGACUGGCCUGUACCCCAAAACCUAGACAGUAGACUGACCUGUACCCCUAAACCUAGACAGUAGACUGACCUGUACCCCAAAACCUAGACAGUAGACUGACCUGUACCCCAACACCUAGGCUGAAGACUGACCUGUACCCCAAAACCUAGACUGAAGACUGAUCUGUACCCCAAAACCUAGACAGUAGACUGACCUGUACCCCAAAACCUAGACAGUAGACUGAUCUGUACCCCAAAACCUAGACAGUAGACUGAUCUGUACCCCAAAACCUAGACAGUAGACUGACCUGUACCCCAAAACCUAGACAGAAGACUGGCCUGUACCCCAAAACCUAGACAGAAGACUGGCCUGUACCCCACAACCUAGACAGAAGACUGACCUGUACCCUAAAACCUAGACUGAAAACUGACCUGUACCCCACAACCUAGACAGUAGACUGACCUGUACCCUAAAAGCUAGAGUGAUAUACUUCAGCGAUAUAUCUUUCAAAACGCGGCACUACGGGUUUACUAUUGUAACUUUUUUUUAUCAGAAGAGAUUUGUAAAAGAAAUCAUUAAUCAUUUAAAUGUCAAAAACUAGAAUUGUCUUAUUCUAAUGUGUAUGGCUCAGAAAUCAAAUUAAAGACAAGUGUUUGGGCUACAGAUUAGUCUCUCUAGACAAACGGGUUGCCUCCCACAAUUUAACAAUGUUCAAGCAUGUCCUUGGUCUGGGAUUUCCAAGAAUGGCUACAGACCAUAGGGUCUUCAGAUAAUAUAAGGGGAAACAGUGACUACUAGUGGUCUUCAUUUUACUAAUAAAAUAAUGAUACUCACUGUGUCCAAAGUGUGUCUCUAAUGCAAUAAACCCCAUAAAACAAC